AUCUACUCGUCGCCGGUCAUUCACAAGGUCGCUUUGGACGAUUUGACGCCGGGCGCGACCUACGCCUACGAGGUCGCGGGCGACGGCGCGACGCGGACCUUCGCGUUCCCGCGGUCCGGCUACCCCUUCGCGCUGGGCCUCACGGCGGACCUGGGGCAGACCGUCGUGUCGAACCGGAGCUUGGCGGCGCUCGACGCGCUGGACCCGGACCUCAUCCUCGUCGGCGGCGAUUUAUCAUAUGCCGACGGCUGGCCCUUCCGCUGGGACACCUUCGGCCGCCUGUCGAGCCGCGUCUUCGGCCGCGUGCCGACGCUCGCGACGGGCGGCAACCACGAGGUCGGCUCCGGCGAGCAGUGGGUCCACUUCGAGGCGCGCUGGCCGACGCCCCACGCGGCCUCGGGGAGCACGUCGCCCCUGUACUGGUCCGUCGACGCGGGGCCCGCGCACGUCGUCGCGCUCAACUCCUACGACAAUUUCCUCGAGGACGGCGACCGGCUCCAGCGCGCGUGGCUCGCGGCGGACCUGGCGCGCGUGGACCGGUCGCGCACGCCCUGGGUCGUCGUCAUGAUGCACGCGCCCUUCUACAACAGCAACGGCGCGCACCACGACGAGGCCGAGCUCAUGCGCCGGGCCUACGAGCCGCUCCUCUACGAGCACGGCGUCGACGUCGUCCUCGCGGGGCACGUCCACGCCUACGAGCGUUCCGACGCGAGAGGCGUUUAUGAUUAUGACGUCGAUCCCUGCGGCCCCGUCUACGUGAACCUCGGCGACGGCGGCAACCGCGAGAACACGUACACGCGGUGGGCCGCGCCGCACCUCGAAUGGUCCGCGUUCCGCGAGAGCUCGUUCGGCGUCGGCCACCUCGAGCUUGUGAACGACACGCACGCGAACUACCGGUGGAAGCGCGAC